AUGUCGUCGGACUCUGAAAGUUCUGGCUCUGAUUAUGAAGGCGAAUACGAUUUGUGUUGCACAAGCUUGAGCAUAGCCGGUGCUCUGAUCGGAAAUAGAGUUGGCGGGAAAGUUGGUGCAGCAGUCGGCGGGGCCGUCGGAGGUGCUUGUGGACUUGGAGUUGUUGCAGUGACAAUGCGGGAGAUUUGGCGUGACGUCCGAGAGAAGUUGUCUGAGCUGUUCGAUAUAGUGUACGACUAUCUGGCAGGACUUGGACUUGAAGACUACAAGAGAGCUGCCAAAUUCGUGAUGCAGAACAGCACCAACAGUUCUCAGCUGGCAAUGUUAAUCCUGCAAUUUGCGACUAACAUUUUGGGAAAGCAGAUCUUGUCGUCUCUCACUCCUAUGUAAUACGUAUUAAAAUUGUGUUUUAUUUUUUAUUUUGUGCAACCGCUGGCGGCUCAGGUUAGGUAGGUAUUAAGACUGUUACCAAAUCUAGACAUAGUUUAUGACGAUUUCAAUAUUAAUGUCAAUCUCUAAAUCUCAAUUGUUUUUCGGUGCGACAAAUAAUAAAUAACUAAAUUAGCUAAUUAAAAAUAAAAUAACGAAUUUUGAUAGCUCAAUAAAUUGAUGUCAAUAUAACACAAAA